AUGGCGUUGCGCGAAGUGUUUGGGCAGACGUCGAGCUCAUCCUCUUCAUCGCAUCCACGCUAUCACUCAUUCUCGAUCACCACAUCUCCAUCAAAUCUCUCAUCAUCCUAUUCCUCGACUUCAUCAAACGAUUCGUGGGAGUUGUCAAUUGGGAAUCUCGGUGUGCACGACUAUCACUUCACCCAAGUCACUGAUCGUCUUACAUCGACUCUCAGAUGCGCCGAGAUGCUCUCCGAUUCCCCGUCGACGUCCUCGGAGAACGCGGCUCAGCUAUUCAACCCGAAUGGUCAACGCCGUCGCUCGGCGCGCGGCGUUCUCCAACCCGUUCAGCCACCACCGGAGCCCAUUGCUCGACCGCUUUGCCAGGCCAAGCGCCGUUCGUUGGAUCAACGCCUGAACACUCCGCAGCAUGCGUCGAUUCGGACAGCUGUUUUGGAUCGCGGCAUUCACGGGAACAAGCUCGGAUUUGUGAAUCUGCUGAAAGCCGAGGAGGACACUGGCGUUAACUCGCACUAUUUCGAGGCGAUUCAGGACGAGCUCGAGGUGAAGCACCGAGAACAGGCAGUCGAUUGGCUGUUUGACGUGAGCAAGGAUUGUCACGCUGACCCAGGAGUGCUCCCGUUGGCCGUUUCGCUGAUGGAUCGUUUCCUGUCGAUUCAGCAAAUCUACAAGAAAGAUAUCCAGGCGCUAGCUGGCACGUGUUUCUUCAUCGCUAGCAAGAUGAAGGAACCCCAACCCUUAAACGCGCGCAAGAUGAGCGACUACACGGUCAACACAGUGUCCGUUGGAAACAUUUUGAGUUGGGAGCUCUUGAUCUGUUCCCAAUUGGAGUGGGAUAUCUCUUCACCAACCGGUGUUGACUUCUUCGAUUUCAUCUCGGCAAAUUAUCCAAAUUUGUCUAUCCUUCGUGGCAGCUACCUCGAGAUUCUUCAUCGAAUGCAGAGAUGUAUAUUU